AAGCGGCAUUUUUACCACAAUGUGCACACGGGCGAGUCGGCGUGGGAGCUGCCGCGCGGUGCGACUCUGGCGCCGACGACCAAGCCUGAGAGGAAGAAGAAGCGAUGA